CGGUAGCUUGGCGGGCCGUUGCAGUGGCAGGUCGACGGUCGGAGGUCGCAGGGCGAAGGGCGAAGGUCGCAGGGUCCACGGGUCGUGAUUUCUCUUCGACGGCAGCCGCCAACCGCAGCCACCACCCGCAGCCGCCACCACACCAGCAGAGCGCAGACAGCAAUUAUAAUGGCUGCCGCAGAGACGCGCAGGCUGCUUGAACAGCUCAUGGGCGAGCAGCUCAUGAGCGGCUCCGACCAGCGCGCACCGCAGCUCAGCAUCACCGACCCCAAGGUCUGCCGCUCAUAUCUCGUCGGCAACUGCCCCCACGACCUCUUCACCAACACAAAGAACGAACUCGGCCCCUGCCCCAAGGCCCACAAUGAAGCGCUCAAGACCGAGUACCAGGAGGCAGACGCAGACCAGAAGCGCCGUUGGGGCUUUGACUUUGACUACCUGCGCGACAUGCAGCACCACAUUGACGGCUGCAACCGCAAGAUAGACCAGGCGCAGCGGCGCCUGGAAAAGACGCCCGAGGAGAUUCGACAGACGAACGCUCUGCUGAAAUCGAUCAACGAGCUGACCAAGUCCAUCGACGCCGGCAUGCUCGAGGUCCAGAUCAUGGGCGAGGAGGGCAUGGUCAACAUGGCCGUGCAAGAGUUCACCAAGGUCCGCAUGAAGAAGGCGGAGAAGGAGGAGCGUGAAAGGGAGCUCAGGGCUCUCUCGGACACGGGCGGACCGUCAGGACAUCAGAAGCUUCAGGUCUGUGACGUGUGCGGUGCCUAUCUCAGUCGUCUUGACAAUGAUCGCCGAUUAGCAGACCAUUUCUACGGAAAGAUGCACCUCGGCUAUGCUCAGAUGCGCAAGUCGUACGAAUCCCUGCAAAAGGACCUCAAGGGCCGCGCUCCUCCCCGCGACGCAUACCCAUCACAGGGCGACGACCGAGCAUCUGGCGGCUGGGGCGGCGGUGGCUAUGGUGGAGGUGGAGGAGGCUACGGCGGCCGCGGUGGGCGGCGUGGUCGCGGAGGCAGAAGAGGAGGCUGGUAAUGGUCUUUUGGUCCGGCGUUCAAGGUGUGUCAAGAUGAUUCCCAAACGGUCCAACUUACUACAGCAUUAUUGCGAGCGACACUGGACCUGCAACUUCUUUCAGCAGUGCUUGUACAACAGAGGCCGUCUACAAAGCCAUUUGGAGCAUGGAGCUCGCGACCUAGUCCAAAUCAAAACCAUGGACUGCGUGCAACUAUGCAUACUGCUCGGCAGGAGUCUUGACAGCCGAGAGUCUCCUGGAUCGAGGGAUACCAGUGAGUUGACAUUUCGCUUGUCGCCCGUCGUCU